AAAGCUGAGUUGCAUGGCUCUUACUGAAAUGUUUGAUUACACCUUAUUAUUACUUUGUAUUGUUGUUGUUGUUAACAUAGGUAUUAUUAUAUUUGGAAAUAUACCUCCUAUGAGGUCGGAGUGUAGAGCUCGGGGUUGUGGAGCCGAAACAGAAACUAAUGGGUCAGCGUGUCACAUGUCACAAGACCAAACAGGAAGUUCCUCUCAGCGAGCAACAAAACAGCAGCCAUGACGACUCAGGAAACUUAGGUGGAAAGAAAGAAAUGUCUCAGUAAAUUCUUCAGCCUCCAAAUCGGUGUAGAAAAACAAGCGAGCGUUGUCAAAAUGGAAGGAGUGGUCAGAGUCGGUAUUUUGACGGUUAUUUUCUUGACAUCGCAGAUAAACUGCCAAGAGGCCAUCUUGCACAUUUCAAAUGGAAGUGUAUAUAGAGAGUACUGUAUUGUUCACAACCACUCCUGGACUCCUCUUUCACAAACACUUGAUGCUGCAGAGCAGUACCCGCUGGUGAAUCUGACGUCCACUUUGCUGUGCAACGCGUCCGGGGUGGAUACAGAUGUGAAGGACAAAGCAGUGGUGGUGAUGAGGGGGGGCUGUGACUACAGUCAGAAAGCUAUUAUUGCCCAAAGCCUCGGAGCAAAAACACUGCUCAUCGCAAGCAACAGGACCAUGGCCACUCCUUCAGCCAAUGACUCAGAGUAUUCGAAGGUCCACAUUCCCCUGGCACUCAUGAGGUACAGGGACAUUCUGGAAGCACAACAGGUGUUUGGUGAGGGGAUGCAAGUGAAGCUGUAUGCACCACCAUAUUCAAAGAUCGACCCAAGCAUCGCCCUCAUCCUGCUGAUUUCUGUUGUAACAGUCGCCUUAGGUGGCUACUGGAGCGCAGCCUGUGAGAGGGACCGGUUAAGCAGUGAUGCAGUAGAGGGAGGAGGUGGUGAAAGCAAAGCAGACAGUGGGGAGCUUUCCCUUUACUCCCCUCUCAAAGUGUUUAUCUUCGUUGCCAUGAUGUGUGGGAUGCUGGUCCUAAUGUACUACUUCUACAACAUUCUUGUUUACAUCAUCAUUGGGAUAUUCUGCCUUGCCUCUGCCUCUGCGUUGUUCAGCUGUCUGGAUGCAGUGAUGGACAAAUUGGGUUGGGGAACUCUAAGCGUCUCAGUCCGAAAUAGGAACAUCUCUGUGAGGUCUGUCCUGCUGGCUGCUGUGUGCAUUAGCAUUUCUGUGGUCUGGGGAGUGUACAGAAAUGAGGACAGAUGGAUCUGGAUCUUGCAGGACCUCCUUGGCAUAGCUUUCUGCCUCAACUUCAUGAAGACCAUUUCACUGUCCAACUUCAAGAUCUGUGUGAUUCUGCUGAGCCUCCUACUUGUAUAUGAUGUCUUCUUUGUUUUCAUCACUCCCUUUUUCACCAAGAAUGGAGUUAGCAUUAUGGUGCAGGUAGCCCUCGGCCCGGAUGCCUCAGGAGAGAAGACACAAGGUAACAUGGUGGAGAUCCCUGCUGAACCCCAGGCUCCCUCUGAGAAACUUCCAGUGGUCAUGCGUGUCCCACGGUUCUCUGCUUGGGCUCAGAACCUUUGUGGGAUGCAGUUCUCCAUUCUGGGCUACGGGGACAUCAUUGUUCCUGGUCUCCUGGUAGCCUACUGCAGCAGGUUUGAUGUUUGGGUCAAUAGCAGCAAGAAGAUUUACUUCCUCAGCUGCUGCACAGCCUACCUGCUGGGGAUGAUACUGACAUUUGCCGUGAUGCUGCUGUCUGGGAUGGGCCAGCCUGCUCUGCUCUACUUGGUGCCUUUCACCCUGAUAACCUCCGCCGUGGUGGCGGCCUGCAGGGGAGAGAUGAGGUACUUUUGGGCAGGAAACACCUGUGAGGUUUUGGAUCCAACCAGGGAACCUUUACUUCCAGAGGGAAGAACUGUUCGUUCCAUAGAUGCUGAAAGUUGCUGACUUGCAGCCAACCAUGGAGCCCACCGCUGGACGCUUAUAUUUUUUUGAAUACCUUUUAAUCCUCCAAGGCAAGGGCACACAUGUAAUUGAUUAAGCCUCUCUGAUAUGGACUCAUUUUGGUAGAUCUGAUACUGGAGGAACAAAGCAUAAAAAUCGAAGACGUUCACUCAGUAAACUACACUGACUUUGCCUUGAUGACAACAAAAUGGGAACGCACUUUAUAAUAUUCAGCUUGAGAGUUGAUUGGCAUGGUGGGGUUCGUGGUAAUUACAUGUAGCUACAGUAUGAUCCAAUUUGAUGAGGGUUUCUGUUUCUUCUAACCUGUUUAUAAGAUGUGACUUACUUCAUUGCCUUAUAAUAAAUAAAGAUCUUUGAGUACCC